UCAACGGUCUGGAGAAGGGUGGUCUGACUGACACAUAUGAACAGAUCACGUUAGAUGCUGAUGCGCCGGAGCAAGGCAGACGCGAUCACCCAUCCCUCCGCCAGGGGACAUAAUUACGCAACAUCUGUGCGUCAGGGUUCGGCUCGACGACAGUGUUGCCAGAUUGGGACAAAAUUCCCGCCCAAUCUGGACAUUUUGUUUGCCAAAUUUCCCGCCAGAUUGGGCGGGAAAUCUGUCCCAAUCUGGCGACACUGCUCAACGAGCUGAACCGGCCACAGCACCCUCCCGUAGUCCGAGCGGUGUUUGUUCCCCAGGCUGCCCUGCGUGUGGAUGGAGGCUCCUUAGGUAUUCUAAGGACAUCACCAUCAGCGAGUGGCGUGCGUAACGUCGUGCGAUGUGCACGUCCGAGUGCCACGGCCAGACGUCGGUGGCGCUCCACAGAAGCGGCAGGGAAGAAGCGUGUUGCUCGGUGCAGGGCUCGCUUCUGAGGGGGGGUUUCUGCUCUCGAGACUCGACUUAAUCGGAAUGAUUCUCGACUCGUCGUUCCUCGCGGUUGAUGAGCUGCUGAUCGCGUUCGUCAAACGGCACCGUUUCAUGUUGCAGAGCCAGGGUUUAUUUUUUGCGUAAUUCUUGCACCGUAUGCAUGGCGCAUCUGUAGCUCGUCCGCGGAUUGUACGCUCAUCGACCGUGCAGAAACCUCCUCCUUAAGUCUCCCGUUUCCAUACGAUGAUCCCAGGAGCUGCCGCAUCAAUGUUACCCUCCGCGGAAGCUGCGAAACUGUACCAAACCAACUACGUCCGGAACUCCCGUGUGAUCGGGCUGCUGUGGGCCAUCUUCACGAUCCUGCUAGGCAUCGUCAACGUGACGAUCUUCUCGCAGCCCUACUGGAUCGGCGAUGGCAUGGACACGCCACAGGCCGGCUACUUCGGCCUCUUCCACUUCUGCACCGGGGACGGCAUAGCCCGGGAGCUGACGUGCCAGGGGAGCUUCACCGAGUUCGCGGCCAUCCCAUCCACCGCCUUCAAGGCCGCCUCCUUCCUGAUCGGCAUGUCCAUGAUGCUGGUGGUGAGCUGCAUCGGCUGCUUCAGCCUCUUCUUCCUGCUCAGCACCUCCACCGUGUUUAAGAUCUGCGGCUGGAUGCAGGCUGCGUCUGGUGUGUGUCUGGUGCUGGGCUGUAUGAUCUACCCGGACGGUUGGGACAGCGACGAGGUGCGGAAGAUGUGCGGCGAGCAGACCGACAAGUACAGCCUGGGCGCCUGCUCGGUGCGCUGGGCCUACAUCAUGGCCAUCAUGGGCAUCCUCAACGCGCUCAUCCUGUCCUUCCUCGCCUUCGUCCUGGGCAACCGGCAGGACGGCCUGCUGGGCGAGGAGCUGCUGGCCGAGAGCAAGGAAGCAGGAAAUGCCUAACUGUAUUUAUGGGCUCUCUACGCCCCAGUUCCUCCACACCCCCCACCAGAAGAAGGAGGUUGCACUGGGCUGUAGUAGAGAAGAAAAAGGGUGCACCAACCAGCUAUUCCACCUACCAACCAACCAGCCAGCCAGCCAGCCAGCCAGGCAGCCAGCCAGCUUGCCUCUUACACCGACUGUACCAACUAAUGAAAUUAUCCAAUGUUACCAGUUCAUCUGAAGACAUUGCUCUCGCCACCAAUUCAUUCAUUUCCUAGCUUCAUCCCCAGCACUUCCACAGAGCCCAUAACCCUGGGAACACUACCUGAGUCUGCAGAGCUAACCCCUUGCGUAACACAGUGUAAAGGUUGUGGUGAGGGCAUGAAGGACUGUGAAAGUCCUAUUGAGGUGUGUAGGCUGCCCACUACCUUUGUGAAAUGUAAAAAUGGUUAAUGUGUAGAUGCACAGCAGAGAGAAAAACAAAAAAACAAAGACAUCUACACAAGCUAGGAUGGACAUUAACAUGCAUGCAUGUUCAGACAGGCACAAACCCGUACCCAUACACAGACACACAGACUCAUGGAUACACACACACACACACACACACACACACACACACACACACACACACACAC